UCCACCGGCAUAUCCUCGAAGUUUAUUCCCUCAACAGGAAUAUACGUACAUACUCUGCAGGAACCUCGGUUUGUUUGAAGACGAUGUCGAUUCACGAAGAGAUAUUGAACCUUCAACUGCUUAUAAUGCACCUCCAUUUUCCUUCUCUGUGAGGCACGAGUCAGAUGACUAUUGGGGAUAUGAAGCCAGACGAAGAAGCUCCUCUGCUUUUGGAGGAUGCCGAGGGCUCCUCCAAAACACGAAGGAUCGCACUCUUCGUCGAGCCGUCGCCCUUCGCUUAUGUCUCAGGAUAUAAAAACCGCUUCCAGAAUUUCAUCAAAUACCUUCGGGAGAUGGGAGAUGAGGUCAUAGUGGUCACAACCAAAGAAGGAAUACCUCAAGAGUUCUAUGGAGCAAAAUGUAUAGGCUCUCGCAGCUUUCCCUGUCCCCUGUAUUCGAAGGUUCCACUUUCACUUGCCCUGAGUCCUAGAAUCAUUUCAGAGGUGGCAAACUUUCGGCCCGACAUUAUACAUGCUUGUUCGCCAGGAGUCAUGGUUUUUGGCGCGCUUGCAAUUGCUAAAAUGCUUUCAGUUCCCAUAGUAAUGUCAUAUCACACUCAUGUUCCAUUAUAUAUACCGAGAUAUACCUUUAGUUGGCUGGUGAAACCUAUGUGGUCAAUCAUCAGGUUCCUUCAUAGGGCAGCUGAUCUUACACUCGUUCCAUCGGCUGCCAUUGGCAGGGAUCUUGAAGCUGAAAGUGUCACUACUGCAAAUAGAAUACGCCUUUGGAAUAAGGGUGUUGAUUCCGAUAGCUUUCACCCUCGCUUUCGCAGUCGUGAGAUGCGAGUAAGACUAAGUGGUGGUGAACCCGAAAAGCCUUUGAUAAUUCACGUUGGCCGGCUUGGAGUUGAAAAAAACUUGGAUUUUUUGAAGAGAGUUAUGGAUAGGCUACCAGGAGCAAGAAUAGCAUUUAUUGGGGAUGGUCCUUAUAGGGGUGACCUAGAGAAAAUGUUCAAAAGCAUGCCUGCAGUGUUCACAGGAAUGCUGCAAGGCGAGGAGCUCUCCCACGCCUAUGCGAGCGGCGAUGUCUUCGUUAUGCCGUCAGAGUCCGAGACCCUUGGCCAAGUUGUUUUAGAGUCGAUGUCGUCUGGAAUCCCUGUGGUUGCCGCCCGUGCCGGAGGAAUCAUCGACAUCAUCCCGGAUGAGCAGAGUGGCAAGACGAGCUUUGUUUUCGCUCCGGGAGACCUUGAAGACUGCAUGGGGAAGAUAGAAUACCUUUUAUCCAACAAAGAGUUCAUGGAAGCCAUGGGGAAGGCUGCACGCCAGGAGAUGGAGAAGUAUGGCUGGAGAGCGGCGACGAGGACGAUUCGCAACGAGCAGUACAAUGAUGCCAUCAGAUUCUGGCAGAAGAGGAGGGCCCAGCUGCUCGGCCCCAUCCGGUGGCUGCUGAAGAGGUGGUUCCGGCUGCCGGAGCUCACAUGUGGAUGAUGAUCCGGAGAAUGAAAGAAGAAAGAGUUGGGGGGGAGUGGAAGGAAGGAGAAAUGUGUAAAUUAUGAAUUGAGAUUGCUUUUGGGAAGUGUGGAUGAUUGUGUAAUUGCUGAAUGUAAGUUUGAUUCUUUGUAUAGAUUGUAACGGUAACUGCAUUGCAGUUGAAAUGAUUGUUUGCUUCCACGCAAAAAAAAUCACAAUUAUGCACAAGCAGCUGUUAUUGAAAAAUGAA